AAUCAGUCAACCGUUGACUGAUCCGGUCGAAAGACACGGAGGGGGAUAAAUACUUCCCCAGUCCCAACUGCCAACGGACUCCAAACCCAACUAGAGGGAGGACGGAACUGAACAGAGUCUUUUUUCAUUCCCCCACCAUUUUCAAUUUCUUUUUCUUCCUUUUUUUUCUUUUCUGAAUUAAUCAUUCCGUCACUUUCCGAAUUUUUUCAAUUUUUCCACAGACCCAGAAGGAUUUAACAUCAAAUUUAACGAAAAAAUAAAGAAAAAACGACUUUGGGGGAUUGGGGGGGUCUGUCUUGCUUUGUUUCUUCUACCUGUAUGCAUUCAAGUCAAUCAUGAUACAGCAUUUCUGUUCAGAGUUCAGGGGAACUUAGUUUGUUGCCUUUCCAUUAUAUAAGUAUAUAUAAAAUCUAAAGGAGCUAAGCUCGUGGAUUUCAUUCCAAUGGAUUUCCAGAGAAUUUGCAGUUUAAUCUGCGUGUCUGCGAUCAUAUUGGUGGUUUUCAGUGGUCCAACCAAGGUUACAGCCGGCGAUAUAGUUCAUCGGGAUGAUGUGACACCCAAAAAACCCGGUUGUGAGAACGACUUUGUUUUGGUUAAGAUUCAGACUUGGGUUGAUGGCAAAGAGGACGCAGAAUUUGUUGGUGUUGGCGCUCGUUUUGGAGCUAAAAUUGUUUCAAAGGAGAAAUAUGCGAAGCAGACUCGCCUAAUACGUUCAAACCCUAGAGAAUGUUGUAGUCGUCCAACGAACAAGCUUUCCGGUGAUGUCAUCAUGGUGGACCGUGGCCAGUGCAAAUUUACUGUCAAAGCGAACUUUGCAGAGGCUGCUGGUGCUUCAGCAGUUCUUAUAGUUAAUAAUCAGAAAGAACUCUAUAAGAUGGUCUGCGAUGACGAUGAAACUGAUCUGGACAUUAAGAUCCCUUCUGUGAUGCUCCCUCAUGAUGCUGGUUCUAGCUUGGAGAAAAUGCUGUCAAAUAAUUCAUCAGUUUAUGUGCAGCUGUACUCUCCUGAAAGACCAGUUGUAGACGUAGCGGAAGUAUUUUUGUGGCUAACUGCUGUUGGUACCAUCAUAUGUGCUUCUUAUUGGUCAGCUUGGACUGCUACUGAAGAAGCUUUUGAACAAGACAAGUUGUUGAAGGAUGCUACAGAUGAAAUCUCAAGCAGAAAGGGUACUCAUACUAGCUAUGUGAUGGAUAUCAACACCAUAUCAGCAGUUCUCUUUGUAGUCGUUGCCUCAUGUUUCUUGAUUUUGCUGUACAAGCUAAUGUCAGCGUGGUUCAUGGAUAUCUUGGUGGUUCUUUUUUGCAUCGGUGGUGCAGAGGGCAUGCUGACUUGCUUGGUUUCACUAGUAUCCAGAUGGUUCAAAAGUGCUGCAGGGUCAUUCAUUAAAGUUCCUUUAUUAGGAGCAAUUUCAUAUCUUACAUUGGUUGUAGCUCCAUUCUGCAUAGCUUUUGCUGUACUCUGGGCUGUGUACAGAAAUGCUUCUUUUGGCUGGAUAGGUCAAGAUAUCCUAGGAAUUGCAUUGAUAAUAACUGUCCUGCAGAUUGUACGUGUGCCUAACCUCAAGGUGGGUACAGUUCUUCUAUGUUGUGCAUUCUUGUACGACAUCUUUUGGGUGUUCUUUUCAAAGAAGCUGUUCCAAGAAAGUGUGAUGAUUGUGGUAGCUCAAGGUUAUAAAACUGGAGGAUCCGGUAUUCCAAUGCUUCUGAAAAUUCCACGGUUCUUUGAUCCUUGGGGUGGUUACAGCAUUAUAGGAUUUGGUGACAUUCUUCUUCCAGGACUGCUUAUAGCAUUUUCACUCAGGUAUGAUUGGCUUGGAAAGAAAAAACUGAAAGCUGGUUACUUCUUAUGGGCAAUGAUUGCUUACGGAUUAGGUCUCCUUGUUACCUACAUUGCAUUGAACCUGAUGGAUGGCCAUGGCCAGCCAGCUCUCCUAUACAUUGUUCCAUUUACUCUUGGUACCUUUGUCGCAUUGGGCUUAAGGAGAGGUGAUCUGAAGAAUUUAUGGAUAAUAGGGGAACCCGAAAGGGUCUGCCCUCAUGUCCGUCUUGAGUCUAUCUAGUAAUAACUUCAACUAAUUCAUUUUGUGAAAUAACUAAUUUGUAAUUAGUUUGUAGAUUCUAAUGUCGUGAGCCGUAGUGAUAUUUCUUGAAAGGAAGGAAAAUGCGUAUGAUUUCUUCAUGGUAGAAAAACAAAGUUGCUGGAAGUAGAGCAGAUUGCAACAGUUUACUCAACUAAAAGCAUGCAACUGUUUCAAUAUUAUUACUUUCAACUUGUGUUUGGCUCUAUCAAGCAAACAAAACUAACCCCAGAUGUGCCCAGGUGAAACUCAGAAAAGAAGUUAAAAGAACCUUAAGAAAAACAAAGGCAUUCUUUCUAUUGUGUUGUGCAGCCUUUUGGUGGCAAGUUUCCAAGCAAGGAUCUGAGUACUUUCCAUGUCUUCAAUAUAAGACCUUUUCUUCUUUUGGGGGACGGAAAACCAUUCUUUUAAAUGUCUAUACUGCGGAGGCAAAGUGCCUAAAAAUUGCUACAACAUUAUAGCUCGAGUUUUUUGCCUAGUACAAACAAUGUACUCUUACAUCGAACGGCAACCUAUUUAAGGUCACAACUUGGAACAUUCAAUAGAAAACCUUUCUUCAUCCUUUUUUACCAGACUUGUGUGUCUUGUUGUUAACAAAUCCUCCCUCUGUCUCAAAAUUAUUGUCCAAUUUAAAUUUUUAUUUUUAGUAUAAAAAUUGAACUAAAAUGAAAAUACAAAGUGGACAAUAAUUUUAGGACAUAAGGAGUCAUAAAUAAAUAAAAAAAUAUACUUUUUAC